AUGGUCGAAGCGCCAGAAUUCUGCCACAAGAAGAAGGAACAGAAGCUUAAGGCAGCAUACACUUUCAAGCGAGGAGUCCAGGGUUCAGCCUUGCGAGACAAAGAGCAACUUCUACAGCAGAUUGAAGCGACCAUCUCUGGAGGAUUGGGCGGAUUGGGGCGCGUGCACCGUGUCCUGCUCUGGACCCGUGGGGUCAAAAUCGCAGCGGUGGAAGGUGGCGCCGACUGCAGUGGCGACGCCUCCGAGGAAAUGUCCUGCAACGUCCGAGCAUGCCCUGUGGAUUGUGUUCCCUCCGAUUGGAGCUCGUGGGAGCCGUGCACGACGAGCUGCGGUAACGGCACGCAAGUUCGACGUCGGUUCGCAGAAGUCCAGGCCACCGGUGGCGGCUUGGACUGCGACAACAACUUCCUCGAGGAGCAGUCAUGCUACGAGGGGGCGUGUCCAGUCUCCUGUGUCUGGGGCGACUGGGGCAGUUGGAGCAGUUGCAGCGCCAGCUGUGGGAGCUCGGACAGCUAUGUCAGCAGCAUUCGUGAGCGCGAUGUGGUCGAGAGUGCGGGCGGGCUUCCUUGCCAAGGCGAUGCCACUCGCCGCAAGCGCUGCGGCUUCGACGAAUGUCCAGUGGACU